AUGUUCACAAAACGAUACAGCAAAACGGUAGACUGGAGUGAGACGUACCGUGCUGGAUCUCUGGGGGAAUGGAGAUCUCUUUACGAAGUCAGGGCUGCAUUCGAUUUUCUCCUAGUCAUCGUCUUGCUAGGAUUCCUCAUCGCUGCGAUCUUGAUUCGUAAACGUGGAAUGAAACGCGGCAUCGUUCUUUUCGUACCACUGGUUAUGUCUCUUAUAGCAUACACACUAUCCAAUUUCUUCUCCGCCAUCAUCGAUUGCAUUUACCUCACCGACGCAACGGUCAAACUAGCCAUCGAGCUCGUCUUCAUUCUAGAAGAUUUUACAGACCUCUUUGCACUAUGCACGAUAAUGUACCUCCUUUACUGGAUAAUCAACCACUUCCAAAUGCGGUCCACCGGUCGAGUGUCAGACGGCUUGCACCUAUUCCACGGGAUAAUCUUCGGCCUGCUGGGCGUUAUUUGUGUCGUGGAACUCGCGUUAUAUAUCGGUUACACCGUGACGACAUACGAAUAUUCAAAGUGGUCAGUACCCUGGCACUGGGUCCAAUGUACUCGACGACUCGCAUUCUUCGUCGCGUCGUUAGAAAUUGUGAUCUGGGCUUUCUGCUUGGUGGUUCGAACAUCCAGGAAUGACAGGCAGGCAAAGCCAACCGCGCUAGUCUUUCUCCUUGCGAGCUUCGGCUUUUUCGCCAUGAACGUGAUGUGGGCGAUUAUCACUAUUCAAUGGGACAUCAUCGUAUAUCUGGGAUACAUCAGAACACACCCGCGAUGGAUCUACUACUUCCAGAUCGUCUUCCCAUAUCUUUGCAUGGUGGUCAUUUAUCUCGGGAUGCUUUUGAGCUGCAAACAGCUAGCCAGUCUCGAGGGGGUCGACGGCUUUGACAUCCAGACACCCAGAGUCUACCCUACGACAACAUACCAGAAUCCCUACACGAACUCCUUGGAUGUGGAGUCAAGACCAAUGGUCAGGGAUCCUUCUCAAGAGCUCUUGGGGGCUGGAUCGCGGCCGAUUCAUGAGGCAGGCGUGGACCACAGGUUCCGUCUGUGA